CAGGGAUCUGUCACAACUCGACUCCAGAGGUGGAAAUUCUGGUUUUCCAGAGCUCUCAGUGCCGGCUCUGGCGCUAUGGGUACCUGGCGGGCCGCACUCCCGGCCCAGCCGGGCUGACCUUCCAUCCCCUGUCCCCUGCCUCUGGGGCCUAGGAAGCCCCUUCUUCUUUCCCUUGGAUGCACCCCUACCCAAGACUCUGGACACCUGGGGUUCUGCACUGUGGCUGGCUCGAGGAGCCAUCUGGUGACAGCCUCUGGCUGAGCAUGGCCCUCCUACCCCCGGGCCCGGACCCCUGGAGCCUCCCGGGCCUUUUCCUCUUCUGGCUGUUUCUGCUGCCACGGCUGCUGACCGCGGGGGCCGCUGGGCAGGGGCCCCUACCCAGGGUCAUAUACCACGCAGGGGACGGACGCAGGGUUCUCAGCCUCUUCCACCAGAAGGGCCUCCAGGAUUUCGACACUCUGCUUUUGAGUGGUGAUGGAGGCACUCUCUACGUGGGGGCUCGGGAGGCCAUCCUGGCCUUGAACAUCCAGGAUCCGGGGAUGCCAAAGCUGAAGAACAUGAUACCCUGGCCGGCCAGUGACCAAAAAAAGAGAGAAUGUGCCUUUAAGAAGAAGAGUAAUGAGACACAGUGCUUCAACUUUAUCCGUGUCCUGGUCUCUCUCAACGCCACCCACCUAUAUACAUGUGGCACCUUCGCCUUCAGCCCCGCUUGUACCUUCAUCGAACUCCAAGAUUCCUACCUGAUGCCCAUCUCCCAGGACAAAGUUGUGGAGGGGAAAGGCCAAAGCCCCUUCGACCCCGCCCAUAAGCACACAGCUGUCUUGGCAGAUGGGAUGCUCUAUUCUGGCACCAUGAACAACUUCCUGGGCAGCGAGCCCAUCCUGAUCCGCACGCUGGGACCCCAGCCUGUCCUCAAGACCGACAAUUUCCUCCGCUGGCUGCAGCCGGACGCCUCCUUCGUGGCAGCCAUCCCCUCGACCCACUUCGUCUACUUCUUCUUCGAGGAGACGGCCAGCGAGUUCGAGUUCUUCGAGAAGCUCCACACGUCCCGCGUGGCCAGAGUCUGCAAGAACGACGUGGGGGGAGACAAGCUGCUGCAGAAGAAGUGGACCACCUUCCUGAAGGCGCAGCUGCUCUGCGCGCAGCCGGGGCAGCUGCCUUUCAACGUCGUCCGCCACGCGGUGUUGCUGCCCGCCACUGCCUCCGCAGACGCCCGCGUCUACGCCACCUUCAGCUCCCAGUGGCAGAUCGGUGGGACCAGGAGCUCUGCUGUCUGUGCCUUCUCUCUCAAGGACUUCAGACGUGUCUUUGAGGGGAAGUACAAGGAGCUGAACAAAGAGACUUCACGCUGGACUACUUACGGGGUUCCCGAGAUCAGUCCCCGGCCAGGCAGCUGCUCCGUGGGCCCCUCCUCUGAUAAAGCCUUGACCUUCAUGAAGGACCAUUUCCUGAUGGACGAGCAGGUGGUGGGGACCCCCGUGCUGGUGAAGUCUGGCGUGGAGUACACGAGACUCGCGGUGGAGACAGUCCAGGGCGUCGAUGGGCACAGCCAUCUGGUCAUGUACCUGGGCACCACCACGGGGUCCCUCCACAAGGCUGUGGGGAGUGGAAACAACAGUGUCCAUCUGGUGGAGGAGAUCCAGCUGUUCCCUGAACCUGAACCUGUCCGCAACCUGCUGCUGGCCCCCGCACAGGGUGCAGUGUUUGCGGGCUCCUCAAGGGGCAUCUGGCGGGUCCCACGAGCCAACUGUAGCGUCUAUGAGAGCUGUGUGGACUGUGUCCUUGCCCGGGACCCCCACUGUGCCUGGGAUCCAGAGUCCCGGACCUGCCGCCUCCUGCCCACCCCCAUCCCGAAGUCCUGGAGGCAGGACAUGGAGCAAGGGAACCCACGGUUCGCCUGUGCCACUGGCCCCGUGGGCAGAAGCCGCCAGCCUCAGAGCCGCCCCGAAAUCAUUAAAGAAGUCCUGUCUGUCCCCAACUCCAUCGUGGAGCUCCCCUGCCCCCGCCUGUCAGCCCUGGCGUCUUACCGCUGGAGUCACGGCAAAGCGGCGGUCCCAGAGGCCUCUGCGGCGGUCUACAAUGGCUCCCUGCUGCUGCUGCUGCAGGACGGGGCGGGGGGCCUGUACCAGUGCUGGGCCACGGAGAACGACUUUUCCUACCCUGUGGUCUCCUACUGGGUGCACAGCCAGGAUCAGCCCCUGGCCCUGGACCCCGAACUGGCGGGCAUCCCCCGGGAGCGUGUGGAGGCCCCGUUGACCAGGGUCGGGGGCGGGGCCGCCCUGGCCGCCCAGCGGUCCUACUGGCCUCACUUCCUCACGGUCACUGUGCUCCUGGCCUUCGUGCUUUCUGGAGCCCUCCUCCUUCUCCUUGCCUCCCCGCUGGGGGCGCUCCGAGCCCGGGGCAAGGUGCGGGGCUGUGAGACCCUGCCUCCCGGGGAGAAGGCCCCCCUGAGCAGAAAGCAGCACCUCCAACCUCCCAAGGACCACACGACCUCGGCCGGCGAGGUGGACGCGGACAACAACCGUCUGGGCUCCGAGGUGGCUUAAACUCUGGGCACAGACCGGGGCUGUAGGGUGGGCAGGGCGCCUGGCCAUGCCGGCUGUGGGGACCUGGGACUUGGUGGGGGAGUACCACAAAAGACCACCUUUUCCUGCCACUGUGUGCCACCAGGAGCCCUCGGCGGGGCUGGACACAGCGGCCUGACCCCCUGUGGGCCUUCCUUCCACCACGCACACAGGCUCUCCAGCUUGGCUGUUUCAGAACCCUCUAGGGGGGUGGGGGUGGUCCAGGACCCUGUGGUAAUAAACACCAAACGGGACAGCACGCCCGUACCCCUGGCGACCCCACUCUGGUCGCAGCCGCCACCUCACCUCAGACGCCAGCGCCCCCCUCCCGGGGAUCUGCAGGGAGGCGCGCCCUCCCCCUCCCUUGUCAACCAUGCACCGCUGACUCCCGGGAAGUCUUUCCGGAAGUCUGACCACCUUCCUUCUUGCUUCGGUUGGGGAGACUGUGAUCUCUGCUGGCCUGGCUGGAGUAACAGGGGUCAUCUGAGCCUUGUUCACUCCUUUGCUGUGGCUGACCCCUUGAUCUUUGUCCUCUCCCCUCCUUUAUUUUGGGAUUCAGAAAACUGCUUGUCACAGACAGUUUAUUUUUUAUUAAAAACACAAAGCUUA